GCCGCGUAAUACGAUCGUUCAAGUGAUCUGAUUGUUUCGCAAGCGAUUUCCCGAACCUAAUCGUUGGGAAACCCGAUUGUUGGAUGUGCUUUCCAUAAUUUAGUACAGUGUAAUUGUGUAUCAAGCGAUUACGUGAGUGUUUUGAGCGCAAGAAGGCGCCCGAACAGACGGGAUUGCGCGCCGCACAAAACGUGUGCAAAUGUGUUUGUGAAACGCUCAUUCAGUGAAUUGACCAACAUCGUGCAUUCUGGCGGGAGGCAGCAAACAUGUCCGAGGAGCCGCAGGUGAAACGCAUAAAAUUGCUUGAUGAUGCAGCGCCACCCAUGGCGGACGGGAAGGAGGAAGCGGAUCUAGCCGAGAUACGCUCGAUCAUGGCCGACGAGUACUUAACACCGACCCCGGCCAUUGCGGUGUACGUUGGCACCGUGCCCGAGCAGAGACAGUUGUCCCGGCUGGUUCCGGCCCUUCAGCGAAUACUACCCAUUGGCAACCUGCAGCAUCUCAAACGCGUCAAUCGAGAUGGAACUAUUAUCCUCUCCACGGUGGAAACAUUGGAGGAUAAGCUUGCUGGUGCGAAGGAUGAAGACUGCACCGACGAAAUGUUCGAAAACCGACUGAGAAAGUUCCUUAGUGGGGUAGGCUUAGAACAACCGCUUAUUGAUGGUCUGUGCUCAGGGGUGAAGGUUGUCCAGGUGGCCGCCACGCAACCGCUUCUUCGCUGGCAGCACGAGAAAGCGAAUGCACUCUGGCCAUGCAAAUUCCAUCCGAACCACCACAAUGAGGCACUCUACGCAAAUACUCUGUUCGGGACGAAGGAUACGUCGUUGCAUCGAAGAUUGAUGUCUCUUUGCUUGCAGCUUUCGAAACGGUUCGAUGGCCAACCAUUCGGAGUAUGCGCUAACCCGAGACUCGGGAGUCGUAUCGUAGCCAUAGCACCUGGACGAAGCGAUCAACAUCCGAUCUGGCACUGUCCGAUGGUGCUGAUCGAUAUGGUUGCCGUAUCGCAGAAUGGAGGCAUUUGGCAUAGGCCAGCCAGUGCCGAACCGCGUGACGAUGGCUUCCACUACGGUGGCAUCGACGAACGGUACGAACGGUUCGUGCGAGAAUCGUUCGGCGAAACGCUCAACCUUGGUGCGGAACCAUCGCGAGCUGGAACGACGACUCCGGGAGUAAACAGCGAUCUCAUCAGCGUGGGUGAACCCGCACCAGGGCUCACCGAGGACAAUCUUGCCAAAUAUGGACCUUAUCUGUGCACCGGAUACGACAUCUACCUCACGCACGAACCGUGCGUUAUGUGCGCGAUGGCACUAACGCACAGUCGCGUCCGGCGUGUCUUCUACCACCAUCCGACACCGCAAGGAGCUCUCGAGACGCUGGUCAAGCUGCACACGGUGAAGGAUUUGAAUCACCACUUCGAAGCAUUUCGAGUGGUCUGACUCACGUGUUGUUGAUUUAAAAACGAGACGAAAACAUUUCAACUUUUUUUUUAGGUUAAAAAAUGAUUGGAGAACCAAUAAAAAAAGCUACCC